AUGCGUCUCGUUCUUUCUCGGCUCGAGGCUAGGGACCUCGAUGCCAUUGUCCCCAUGAUGUUCGACUCGUUCAGCAAGAUCGAACUGGCCAAUGUCUUCUUCGGGCGCAGAUCGCCAUCCUCGUACGCGUACACCAAGAAGACACUCCUGAACGGUAUGCUCAACGACCCGGCAGACGUGUUUCUCAAGAUUGAGGACCUGGACGCGGUGGCAACUGUGAAUGUCCUGGAUGAGCAAGGCAGCACGAUCUCCACCGAGACACGGGCGCGCAUCGUCUGCGCAAGUAACUGGAAGAUCUUCCCCACGUACGUGACGCCCCAGGAACAGCAGGACGCGGCAAAGGGCGCAAACAGACAACCGAACAGCGCGACGGCGCAACUCAAGGAAGAGGCGAAGACCGAGUCGGCCUUUUCGUACCUGGACACGGAAGAGGAACGCGCGGACGCAGCCGUCCUGCUGGAAGACUUUCUUACUCGCCGCCGACGGGAGUGCAAGGAAGGUCAUGUUCUGUGUUUCUUGCUGUUCACAGACCCGGAGUACCAGGGCAAAGGAUGUGGGCGCAUGAUGAUGCAAUGGGGCAACGAUGUGGCUGACGCGUUGAUGUUGCCCUGUUGGAUCGAGGCCUCGCCUGAGGGAGAACUGCUGUACAAGCAGAUGGGAUACCAAGGAAGGGAGAGGGUGCGGAUUCAGACCAAGAGCUUUCUCAGCGAAUAUUUGCAUAUGCGACGGCCAGCGAUGGUCGGCAGAGUCCGGUUGGAAGGGAAGAAGACGUUGGUCAGAGAGCCGGUGGGACAGAAGGAGAAUGGGAGUACACAGUAG